AUGGGGAGCCCCCGGCCCGCGCUGCUCUUGCUCCUGCUGCGCCCAGUCAAGCUUCUGCGAAGGCGCUUCCGGCUGCUGCUGGCUCUUGCCCUGGUGUUCGUGGGACUCUGGACUCUCUAUCUGGAGCUGGUGGCAUCAGGCGAGGUCAACGGGAACCCCCUGUAUCGGAGAUAUAGCAGUUGGAGAGAACUGGCCAAGGCUCUGGCGAAUAGAAACAUUCCUGCUGUGCAUCCAGAUCUCAAGUUCUAUCAGCCCCAGAGGCAGGACUUCAAGGUUCAAGAGCUGGACAGAGGUGGGCUCAGGAGUGAGAGCUAUCAACAAUGGAACAGGCCUGUUCCCUGGAUCUCAGAGUUCCAGGGCCGUGCCAACUUGCAUGUGUUUGAAGAUUGGUGUGGAAGCUCCAUCCAGCAGCUCCGAAGGAAUCUUCACUUCCCACUCUACCCCCAUACCCGAACCACAAUAAGGAAGUUAGCUGUAUCUCCCAAGUGGACCAAUUAUGGGCUCCGGAUCUUUGGCUACCUGCACCCUUUCACUGAUGGAGAUGUCCAGUUUGCUAUUGCUGCAGAUGACAACGCUGAGUUCUGGCUAAGCUCCAGUGACCAGGUCUCAGGCCUCCAGCUGAUGGCUAGUGUGGGAAAGACAGGAAAGGAGUGGACUGCGCCUGGAGAGUUUGGAAAAUUCCGAAGUCAAAUUUCCAAGCCAGUGAGCCUGUCAGCUUCUAGAAGGUACUACUUUGAGGUGUUGCACAAACAGAAUGACCGAGGGACCGAUCACGUGGAAGUGGCGUGGCGGCUGAAUGACCCUGGGGCCAAGUUCGCAGUCAUUGACUCUCCAUCCCUGUCCCUCUUCACAGAUGAGACGCUGCUCAAGAUGGAUGAGGUGGCCCACAUCCCACAGACGGUGGCCAGCCAUGCUGGCCCUCUGCAUCCACUACCCACAGAUCAGGAGCACCCUGCUGACAUGCUGAGGCCUGAUCCCCGGGACUCCCUAUACCGAUUGCCUUUGAUCCCCAAAUCUCAACUCCGCCGGGUCCUACCAGAUUGCCAAUAUAAACCCAGCUACCUAGUGAAUGGCUUCCCCCUCCAGCGCUACCAGGGACUCCAGUUUGUUCACUUGUCUUUUGUUUACCCAAAUGACUACACCAGAUUGAGUCACAUGGAGACACAUAACAAAUGCUUCUACCAAGAGAACUCAUACUAUCUGGACAAGUUUGGCUUUCAGAAAUACAUUAAAAUUGACCAACUGGAUAGGCAGAGUCCAGAGCUCAAGGAGAGAUUGGAGCAACCAGGUUUUGAGGAGGACCUUCCCAAUGAGUCCCAGUAUGGAGAUCAGGGUGAAGAAUUCCCCACCCCCACUGACCGGGGCCCUGUGAUCUUAGAAGAUGAGAACAACCCUGCUUCCAUCCCUGGUCAGGAUGCCACAGAUUAUCACCUCAGAAGCCGGAGGAAGCUUCUAGCCACGCAUCCGAGGACCUCCCCAGCAACUCUGCCAGAGAAGAACAACAAAGCUUCCUCUAGAAUGAGGACAAGUGACACGGUACUCCAGAACUCCAGGAAGAAGAGUGAGCAAGAGCCCAGCCUUAAGCAUGUCCAAGAAGUGUCUCGUCCCAACCAACACCUCAUUGAGCACUUGGCAGUGACUUCCCCUCAGUUCAAGAGGUCCAGGCUGGGAGGUAGCCACCACAGGCAGACCUUGGAUCAAUCUCAGUGGCUGAAUCAGGUUCAGUCAUAUAUUGUGGAACAGAGAAAGGCUGAUGGAGCAGAGCCAGAGGCCCCUGGGAGAAUUCAGCAGGGGGAGGAGGUGGUGGUGGCUGAAGAUGAGGAAAGGCAGUUGGAGGGGGAGGAAGAGGAAGAAGAAGAGGAAGAGGAGGAGGACUUAGGUGAUGCAUUUGAAUACGUACCUCUGUUUGACCCUGCCGUGAACUGGAAUCAGACUUUCAGUGCCCGAAAUGUGGACUUCCAGACCCUGAGGACUGAUUGGAUUGACUUAAAUUGCAACACAUCAGGCAACCUGUUGUUGCGGGAGAGAGAAGCCUUAGAGGUCACACAUGUAUUUCUGCAGAAGCUGAACCAGAAGACAAGGGGGCGGUACCAGCUACAUCGUGUUGUGAACAUAGAGAAGCGUCAGGACAGACUUAGAGGGAGUCGCUACCUAUUGGAGCUGGAACUUCUGGAGAAGGGUGGUCAGCUGAUGCGGCUAUCAGAGUAUGUGCUGUCAAGGGACUGGCGAGGGGUUAGUGUGGGUGGUGGCAAGGAGCCAGAAGCACACAACUUACGUGGCAUGGUCUUGGGCCACCAGCGCCAGCGGCACCUGCUAAACAGCCAAUCCAAAGAACCUGAACUGUGCUGGCCCCUCGGCUUCUCCUGGAACCACCAUGCUGUUGUUCACUUUAUUGUGCCUGUGAAGAACCAGGCACGAUGGGUUCAGCAGUUCAUCAAUGACAUGGAGAAGCUGUCCCAGGUGACCGGCGAUCCCCAUUUCAACAUCAUCAUCACUGACUAUAGCAGUGAGGACAUGAAUGUAGAGAUGGCACUUAAGAGAUCCAGUCUGCGAAGCUACCAGUACAUGAAGUUGACUGGGAACUUUGAGCGCUCAGCAGGGCUUCAAGCUGGUGUGGACCUGGUGAAGGACCCACAUAGCAUUAUUUUCCUGUGUGAUCUCCAUAUACACUUUCCGCCUGGAGUCAUCGAUGUCAUUCGGAAGCACUGUGUGGAGGGCAAGAUGGCCUUUGCUCCCAUGGUGAUGAGGCUGCAGUGUGGGGCAACACCAAAGUGGCCUGAGGGUUACUGGGAAGUGAAUGGAUUUGGCCUGCUGGGCAUCUACAAGUCAGACCUGGACAAGAUUGGAGGCAUGAAUACCAAGGAAUUCCGAGACCGCUGGGGCGGAGAGGACUGGGAACUCCUGGACAGGAUUCUACAGGCUGGCCUAGAAGUGGAACGUCUCUCCCUUAGGAAUUUCUUCCAUCGAUAUCACUCCAAGCGGGGCAUGUGGAACCGUCGCCAGUUGAACAUGCCAUGAUCUCAGAAGGAUGCCCAGGCAGAACUGACUAAUUCCUGCCUCCUGACCUGCAGAUGCUUCCACUCCUGCCCACCACUGGAGGGGAAAUGAGAAUGAAUAGGAGGAGUGAGCCAGCACCCCCUCACACCCUGCCCAACACUAUUGAGAGCCAUCUUGCCACCUGUGGACCUGAAUGUGGAGUCUGAAUAGGUGGCAGUGUUGUAAUCUCCCCCUUCCUUUGACAGGAAGGAUUUCUAAGUGGAGGGUCUGUGGAGGGUGGUAGGGUCCAGGCCUGGGUGGCAAAGUUGGAAUACCUCUUCAGGAAGUGGAAAGUGGCAAGGGAAGGAGCAAUUUGUUCACCAGAUAAGAAGCUUUCCACAACCAGCUGGCCCUUUGUAGGGAGCAAGACCAUGAAACAGAGACUUUCUCUUUAAAAAAAAUUAUUGGUUGGUGGUAGAGGGGUGGGAGGUGGUAUCUUUCCACCAUAUUCUCUCAACCAACACAGACUAUGAGAAUCCUUGAUUUCUCAGAUGGGAAAACAACUCCCCAGGGGGAUGAGGUGGUACCUUUGGGGAAUAUUCUCAAUAGUGGAUCUCUGACCCUCUACUAUGUCAUGUUGUUUCCCCCAUGCCUUCCCCAGAAGCUCUCUUGUGAUCAAGGUUGAAACCUUAUUGAACACACUCCAAGAGUCAAGCCUUCUCAAGAUGGGGACCCUCCCUGCCUCAGCCUAUAUCCCUGUCCCUCAUUCCUCCCACAAAAAGACCGAAAGCAAGUGCUUCCAAUCACCUGACUUGGCCAUCAGCAACAGGGCAUUAACCUUAUCCAGUCAGAGAAGCUGAGCUCAGGCUGGCCAGAGCACAGGGCUGAAAUCCCCACCCCACCACUCCUUUGGGGCCAGUAACCAAUAUGGAAACUACAAGGAGUAGGUUUUAAAGGGAAAGUGGGAGUCUGUUGAGUUCCAAUCCCAUCCCAACCUCCCACCUUCACCACUGGAUUUGUAGACUAUUUUCUGCAGAGCAGAGGAAUAGAAAGUCUCUUCUCUAGGGGAAGCUAGUGGAGAGGAAAAAACAUGGGAGGGAAGCAGGAAAAGGGAACUGCUGGUCUAUGCAGAUGUACAGGAAGGGGUUCAGGUACUGUUUAUUCCUCCUCAGCCUUGGUAUUUUGAAAUAUUUCCAGAUAGGCACCCGGAAAAGGUAAGGAUCACUCUGAAUUAGCCGAAGCUCCUGGAACUUGGCGUGAGAGGAACAAGAAGGGAGGAAGCUCCUCCUCUAGAGUAGGGAGAGGAGUAAGGAGACUAAGUGAAGAGCAUCAUUAGGAGCACAGCCCUUUGGCCCAUUCACCAGGCUUCUACCUCUGCCUGCUGUUCCCCACAUGGUCAUUCCAUAUGAAUCUUGCACUAAUCCUCAGGCUGCCUUUGUGACUGGGAAUUCUCCUGCUGCUGCAUUCACCAAUGGUGCAUUCAAUACUGAGUCUCAGUACUCCAGUGUCUGUCUAGGUAUGUGAAAAAAAGAAGGAACCCCCUGGUUAAUGGGAAGGGAAUUAGGGGGAAGUGAAUCAGGGUCCAAGACCUCAGCCUAUAGCUGAACUCUAUCCCCAGUCAAACCUGCUGCAUUCUGAACAGAGCCAAUGACAGAGAGAAGAAGAGAGUUGAGGUUGUCCGUGUGAGAUGUUCAUUUUCUCUCAGAGUAGUUUUCCUCUGCAGAAACUUCUUUGAAAGGUCUGAAAUAGGCUUUGACUGGCAAAAGCAAAUUGGAAAUCACCCUCCUGGUUCAUCUUCUCCUUCAGAUUCCCAGAGCCCCUGCCCCAACCUCCCAGUCCCACACCCUAAUUUCCUUCCCUGGACCUUGAACCUAAGUGCCUCGUGUCUGAUUUCUGUACUGUUACCUCUGUACCAUCUGCCUUAAGAAAGAGAGGCCCCCUAGGUCUCUAUUCUAUAAAAGAAAGAGUGGGUUGGGGAAAGAAAAGGCUAAAUACAGCAUCUUAGAAAAAUCCA